AUGCAGGCAGCUUGGCUCUUGGGGGCCCUAGUGGUCCCUCAGCUUUUGGGUUUUGGCCAUGGAGCCAGGGGUCCUGGGAGGGAGUGGGAGGGAGGCUGGGGAGGUGCCCUGGAGGAGGAGCGAGAGCGGGAGUCACUAAUGUUGAAGAACCUACAGGAGACCCUAGGGCAGCCCCCUGAGGUGGGAAAUAAGGAUAAUCUUGCUGAAAAUCCUGAAGGCAAAAGGGUCUGGGGGACCAAGGAGACCCAAGCGGAAGAAGAGGAAGAGGAAACCACCACAGCACCUUCUUCUAGACCCAGUCCUUUCCCCAGCCCUUCUCCCACACCAGAGGACGCCAUCACUUACAUCUUGGGCCGCUUGGCUAGCCUGGAUGCGGGCCUACACCAAUUGCACGUCCGUUUGCACGGUUUGGACACCCGUGUGGUUGAGCUGACCCAGGGGCUGCGGCAACUGCGGAAUGCUGCGAGAGACACCGGCGACUCCGUGCAAGCCCUGAAGGAGGCACAGGUCCGUGCUGAGCAGGAGCACGGCCGCUUGGAGGGCUGCCUGAAGGGCCUGCGCCUUGGCCACAAGUGCUUCCUGCUCUCGCGAGACUUCGAGACACAGGCGGCCGCGCAGGCGCGGUGCAGGGCGCGGGGCGGGAGCCUAGCUCAGCCUGCGGACCGCCAGCAGAUGGACGCGCUAGGCCGGUACCUACGCGCUGCCCUCGCCCCCUACAACUGGCCGGUGUGGCUGGGGGUGCACGACCGGCGCUCGGAAGGGCUCUACCUUUUCGAGAACGGCCAGCGCGUGUCCUUCUUCGCCUGGCACCGCGCAUCCAGCCUGGAGUCCGGUGCUCAGCCUAGUGCGGCAUCACAUCCAUUCAGCCCGGAUCAGCCCAAUGGCGGCGUCCUGGAGAACUGCGUGGCCCAGGCCUCGGACGAUGGUACCUGGUGGGAUCAUGACUGUGAGCGGCGCCUCUACUUCGUCUGCGAGUUCCCCUUCUAGAGAGCCAGUCCCUGUCCCGGAGCUCAGGCACACAUUCUGCUCCGUGCACCGUGCACCGUGCACCCUACUGUUACGGGUUUGGAGCUGCUCAGAGAUUCACCAUGACCAUGAAUAAAUUUUAAGAAGAGGCUUUUUAUUUUA